CCAGUCCGCGGCUGCACUGUUUGUCAUUCGUUCACUCAGGGCGCUUGUCUUAUUACAUAUUAUUUAAUACCUAGUAAAUACCACAUUGUGUUGAUAAAAUGGUUCACGUUAGUGUUUCUGUGCCAUUGGAUUGAUAGUGAUGUGAGCAAGAUACUAUGUUGACAACCAAUCAGUGAUUAUUGUCAGGGAUAACAUUAAUAUGGUAUAAACAAGUGUGUGCAUAGUGCAGUGUCUAUUGCAAUGAGUUCGUCUGACGGAGCGGGCACGCGACUCGGCAUGCAGGCGGCUAUAUCAGGUCAGAUAGGUAUCGGGAGCCCGGAAUUCGGGAUGGCCGUGAGUGUGCCGCCGCCGCAGAUGGCCUUCGACUUGCACGCUGUCAGCUGCGGAGACUCCUCCUCGGAGUCACGCUCGCCGGACUUGCCGCCGGCCAAAGCGAGCGAUCGUGAGUCGCGCAUCAUAGCGGAGAAGCAGCGCCGUAGCCAAUACAACUCCCAAAUCCAAGUGAUGACGUCCUUGUUGACGGACAUCGUGCACUCGCAGCGCAAAGUGGACAAGACGAGCGUGCUGCGUCUCGCCGCUAAUAAGCUGCGAAACGAGCAUGUGUUCGGCGACACCAUCACGUGCGGCCAUGUCGAGACUUGGUCUCCAGCCUUCCUAAAAUAUUUUGAUCUCCUCGGCGGCUUCAUGAUAUCAGUCACGUGCCGCGGCCGUAUUUUUAACGUCUCACCUAACAUACAAGAGAAACUAGGCUAUUGUCAUGUUGACCUGUUGGGCCAAGAUAUUUAUAAUUAUAUACAUCCAGAAGAUACAGCAAUUCUACGUCAGCACAUCUAUCCUCCUGAACUUCAAAAGGGUUGUGACAACUCAUUCAUAGAGCAGCGCCAUAAUUUUACAAUUCGCAUAGUAAGGGCUGGUGCUCGGUCCGAUCCACCAAGGUAUGAGCGAUGCCGACUAGAUGGUACACUCAGACGUGCAGACAGAGCCACUGCAGUAGGGGUCCAGGAUGAGCAGAUUAUUAGAAGGCAAAGAGUGAGGCACAAUCGCACUUUCUCCUCAAGUGGAAAUGAUUUUGUAUUUAUUGGCAUGGUACAUGUUGUUACAAACAACAUGCCGCCUCGCAUCAUGUUGCCCACAGCCUACUCUGAAUACUGGACCAGGCACCUGGUAGAUGGGCGCAUAGUGCAAUGUGAUCAGAGCAUAUCCCUGGUGGCUGGGUACUUGACGGAGGAAGUUACAGGCACAUCUGCCUUCUUUUUCAUGCACAAAGACGAUGUGCGAUGGGUAAUUUGUGUUCUGCGGCAGAUGUAUGAUCAAAGCCGGGAAUUUGGCGAGUCCUAUUACAGACUGAUGUCUCGCACUGGCCAUUUUAUAUACAUGAGAACUAGAGGUUUUUUAGAAAUAGACAGGGACACAAAGAAAGUACAAAGCUUUGUAUGCGUUAAUAGUGUAAUAGGGGAUGACUAUGGUCGUAGAAUGAUGGAGGAGAUGAAACGAAAGUACUCUGUGAUAGUGGAUAUGAGCCAGGAGCAAAAUGAAAAGGUCACAGUUGGUGAUGAUGCACCAGUGGAGCACCCAAAAAAACUAGAGCGUAUUGUAAUGCACUUGGUAGAACCUUCUUCAAUUGAAGGUUCGGAAGAGUUAAAGUUGGUGCCUCCUUCAAAAGAGAACAUUAUUUCUGCCAUUAAGAAUAGUGAAAAGGUAGUUGAAGAGACAGGAGUGAGGUUUGACUGUCGGAAACGAAAGAUGAACUCUUUCCAAAGUGACCAAAGUGAUGCUUUAAAAAGGCACAGUGGACUUAUGGAAUAAUUUGAUCUGUUCAUAGACAUUCACAGAUGUAAGUUAACUAAGUAGGGACAUUCCUUGUGGGGAUGAUGACCAAUGUUAAAAAUCUUUUUUUCCUGGCAGCAAUUUGAUCCUCUAGUUUUUUUAAAUAUUUAAGUUUAGUCUCUGACAUGACUGAUCUCAGAGCAAUCAAAAAAUGUAAAUAUAGUUAAUUGUUUUCAAAUUUGUAUAGAUAUUUUUUAUAGAUUUUUAUUUUACUUGAUAUUUUUCUUUGUCUGGUUCAAAUUCAAUAUUUUAGUAAUUAUGAAGGAUUGAAUGUAACUGGAACUAGAUAUUAUUAAUAAGCUUUCUAUGUAAUUUUAUACAUAAAUGGGAUAGUUAAGUUAAAAGUAGAUAUUAAGAAAAUCAAUUGUAUGUGGCUUUCAAUAAUGAGUUUUUGAAAUGAAUCUUAUAUGCAUAAAGCAAGGUUAUUAAUGCAACUGAAUUAAGUGAGAUUUGAACUAGUGAUGGUUUCACUCAAAUUGUAGAAGCAUGUACCACUACCUAUAUACUGUUGGCAUAUAGGGAACUAUCUAUCCACCAAAUUUUGUCGAUGUCUCAGGAAAAAAAAUGUACAAAGAAAAAAAAUCAGCCCAUCAAAGUUAUGCCUACAUUUUUGCCUUAUCACAAUGCAAUAAAUGUCAAAGUGUUAACAUAUCUUUGAUAUCCAUUUACCUACUCUUGUUCCAUUAACAGCACAUCAUUUUAUGGCGAGUGUUGACCAAUACCUACACUUUUCCAUUGUUAUGAUUUGCAUAGUACAACCACUCUUCUCCAUAGUACAAUUUACUAUCAAUAGUAAUAUUAUAGGUAGGCGUGUCUGAAAUGCAAUGAUCUAUGUUUAUGAGUUUCUCGUUCAGUUAAUUUUAAUGUUAUUUAAUAAAAGACUCUGUAAUAUCAAUUUUAUUUUAUUUUAGAAUUUGUGCCAAAUGUUAUUGCAUAAUGAUUAGUAGAAUAGGUAUGGGAUAUUAAUAAAUUUAUAGGUAACUUAUGAUGCAGGUACUUACUUAUCUUUAGCCGAAUGUAUCUAAACCUAUCUGAACACAUAACUAAACUUGACACAUAAAUAUUAAAUAUGCAAGCUAUUUUGUUCUGAAUCGGAAUCAUAAUUUUUUAGUCAUAACGAUUUUUACUGUGGAGAUGUAAGUGGCGUAUUGCAUGACGUCACAAUAAUUUUGACUUGUUAUGAUUGUUAUGAAUCCAUCUCAUAUUAAGUAUAACAUUUCGGCGAUUUAAAUCAUUGAAAGCUCUAAAAGAUGUUAAAAAAAAUUAUAUGUAAAAACUAAUUUCAUGAUUUCUGUAAAAAAUUAUAAUUUAUCUAUAGAUAACUAGCCUAUUUAGUCAAAAAUAUGGACAGUUCUAUGACCUUAUUUUAUGCUUGUGCAGAGAUUUAGCUGAAUCUGUCUUUCUGUGCCUGAAAAUUUUGGACACGGGAGAAUUAAAUGAUCCCAAUUUGGAAACCGUCCAAAAAUGCGGCUGCUCAUGCCGAUGUAACUGACAAUCCAAAACUAAUUUUUCUUAAUUGCUUAAGCUUGAGUGUCAUUACUUUUCGGGAACAGAAGGUACGGCUAUAUUAUACGACGAAUUGUUUGCUAUCGUUUACGAACUAGAGGCUGAAAAUCAGUCGACCUCAUUUGCUUUAAAUGUAUCUAUUUGAUUACUCCUUUCAACACCAACAAAGGGCCUAUUCCAUUUUCCUACACAAGAAGAGGUCGUCUGAGGCAUCCCAGGGAGUUUCUAGACUCUUAGUAGAGAUAAUAUUGAAGGCGUAAAUCUAGGUACGCAAACGGUGGCCUAAGUCGUUAUUCCAACGAAGUGUUUAUUGAUGUAUAACUUCAUAAAACACGAUAAUACCUAAGUGUCUAUUAAUGUCAUUUAAUGCACGUUGCACGUAGAUGGAUUCACGCCGCUUAGUUCAUUGACCUUAUAAACAUGGUCGUGUAUAAAGAUCAACUUUGAAUAAUAAGUAAGAUUGUUUCAAACCGUUUUUUUGGUGAUGUUGGACCAUUUAGGUAUAUUCACUGGCAGAUAUUUUUUGUACGCAAUGGGUAGUAAAACUUGUGGUCUACGAUAGACAACGUUAUAUUUGUGGUUUCAGGGGGCCCGAUUCUUUUUUGCUUGAGAUUGCUAGAGCAAUGCUCUAGGCAAUUUAUGUUGUUAUUCAGUUGAGUAAUGCCAGUUAAUGAAAUUGGCAUAAUUUAAACAUUCACAUCAGAGUUCCACGUUAGAAAGCUUGCAUCCCAAAUAUAUCUCUAUAUUUGGGAUUCUUACUGAUUAUCUUGGGGUUCUUUUUAUUCUAAUUUGGUCCGAUGUGGACAGAAGGACUGGUUAGGGCAAAUACCUAGGAACUACCCAGUUUGUCGCUUCGUUCGCAAAUACACCACCCAUAAUUUAAAAAUCGAUUCUGAUGAUUAAAAUGGAAUAAAAUUGACUGUUGCAAUACCCCUAAAAAUGGGAGAACAUUGUUCGAACUUAAGGCUUGAGUUAGGGUAUUCUUACCCUUGGGACUGUUAGGUAUCAGACGUAUGGCGAAUUUAUAGCAACGUUGUCAGGGUCACUUAACGAUAUAUCGAAUAGGAACUAAUUUAUCGACCUGAUCUUUUAAUAAUACACGUAGUGAUUAUUGAUUAGUAUAAAAAGGUUGGCUUACAUAGUAUGAAUCCUGUCAUAUCUUGAACAACAAAGUCUAAACAAGAAAAUAAAUAAUGUUGCAUUUUUCAGAUUUCAGAGAGACAAGGAACCUUUUUCUCAGUGUCAAUCGUCAGUAUCGUCACACAGCUAAUACAUGCCUUUAAUUAAAUUAAUGGCGAUUUAUUAAUAAACAACAAAUACGUGUUAUCUUGAGGCAAAGAUCAACACAAAAGCACAUAAUGCUGGUGAUUUCAUUAUUUGUCGUCCAGAAAUAAUAGCAGCUGUAUUGACUUCCCAAUUUAAACAGUGACUAUUAAUUCAUAGUUCUCGUUACUACACAAGUUGUUGAGCCUCACCUUUUAUGUAAGUUGUGAUAGUAUAGGGACCUUAUUGGAAGAGAUGGGUUUGUGCGAGUUUGACUUGAUAUCACGGGAAUUCAAUAAUUUUAACCUAAAUAUUUUCUAUAAAAUUAGAAAGUGGAGUCAGCGUUUUUGAUAGAUUUGAAGAGUUCACAAAGUCCUAAACUCUAUUAUAUACAGAUGUUUUGAUGAACUACUCACUUAAACACUGCUCGUAUAUUCCUUUUUUGGUCUCGAAUAGAAUUCACUAACUUCCUAUUUUCACCUAAAUAGUACAACUUUAUCGAAGUAAGACAAAGAAGAACACUGGUUUAAGAGACACUGUAAAGAAAUUGUGAAUCUGGUUUACUUACCCAACCCGAAUGUUUAGCAUACAAUUACUUAUAGAUACUUAGUAAUAAUGGUCCUGUUGUUUGGCACUAUACCUACAACUAACGUUCUUGGUUGAAGAAAUGUCACUUUUGACACUGACAGAUCGGAAUCGUAUCGCUGUGAGAUCUUAUAAACAUUGUUCGAAUUGGGCCGUAAGCUAAACUGUUUAAUACUGCAUGUACAUUUCAACAUUUAAUAGCACAUAAUAGCUAUUUGCUCGAUUAAACGUAUUAGGCACAACUGGUGCAAUCAAUUAAGUAAAAUGUAUUUGUAGGUACCUAAAUGAAACUCAAAUGAUGAAUAUGAACGUUACAUAAGUAUGUGCACUUUUAAUGUGAAAUAAUACAAUUAGUGUUGGUCUGUAUGUAAAAGUAGUUUCCUAUAUGUCCAGAUUUGAUGUUUACAGUGUUGAAUCAAUGUGUACCUGUACUGUGUACUGACUGUUUCAUAUUGAAUCAUAGGAUAUCUAUAAUAAAAUAAAUUAAUUACGAUGUAAGGCAAUAGGUAGCAUAAUUCGUUUUUCACCACACCUUGUAAAGACUCUUUAUAUUUCAAAAACUGAUGAGAAAAUUGCAUUUUAUCAAGAGUGCCAAAAUAAUCUGUUGCAAAUUUUGAGUUGUUUCUUCAUGUUGGCUAGUAGAAUUGACUCAUAAGUAAUCAUUUUGAAUAAUACAUACUUAAUAACGUUCAUUUGAAUUUGAUUUGAAAUGUUUUACAGUUAGUAUUUUAUUCGCGUUGGUGUGGUGAAAAAAAUUGUGUUUCACUCGAAAGCAAAGUUUGUUAACCCUCGUGCCUUGAACUCUCGAAAUGCUCAAGAUUCCACUUUUCGAACCACCUUUUAAAUUUUUGGAAACUGGCAAGUUUCGCUUUUCGGGUAUAAAUAUUAGCACCAGUGGUUAAACAACAACUUUGCCCUCGUGUAAAACAAAUAACUAGGGUGAACAGUCUAUUACUGGCCACUCUCCAAUGACUGGCCACCUUAUAAUAAAAGAGAUUCUGUUUAUUAAUCACACAAUCUAACUAAGUUAACAAUAAGAACGAUAGUUAUUAAUUUACUUGAAUUGUGUAAAUAAAUAAAUAGAAUUCUUAUUUUAGUAUAAGGUGGCCGGUAAUUGGAGGGUGGCCAGUAAUAGACGGUUUACCCUAUUGUCAGUUUUUGAUAGAUUAAAGCAUAGCACCUUAUCAAAAACUGAUAAAGUGGUACUGUUUGUCAAAGAAAGACAUUUAAUGUUAAAAAUUUGUCAUAAAGCUGUUGCGAACGAUGAGUAGCGAGGAUACCUACUCUACAAUUUAACAAAAUCCGUCCAGGCGUGAACCGAAGCUCUACAUUUGUUGUCAAAGUUAGCAGAUCUAAAUUAAGAUACCUACUGAGCUGUAGCGACUUGUUGGCGUAGCGCUAGAGAUAUCUGGGCACAUUAACCUUUUGAGACUGGUCAUUGUUUGCAAUUUGCUCUUUUUCCUAAACGUUUGCCAAUAUCUUCCUUAGGCUAUCUCUGGACAGUCGCUGCAAUUCGUAGGUACAGUCAGCGUCAAAUACUUUGUAGCAACCAAAGUAGCCAAAUAGUUCGGUACACCAUAUAUUUAGUAUGGUGUACCGAACUAUUUGGCUACUUUGACUGCUACAAAGUAUUUGACGCUGACUGUACGUAUUGAUAAAAUUACAUGUUUUAAAAAUUGAGAUUUAUACUGAUUAUGUAAUAUUUGUAUCUAUCAGGUGAUAUAAUUGCCGUUCAUAGGUUUAAAAAUACAACCCAACACUUGUAUAUGCAUACAAUGUAGAUUCUUAUCAUUUAUACCCGACUGAAUGAUCAAUAGUCUCAGACGUUUCCAAUCGAGCACUACUUGACGGAUACGUGUUAUGUAGGUUGGUAGCUAGUAGAGUUCAUACUUGUUACGGCUACUUUUGUUUUAGGGCCGUGUGACGGAUGUUUACAAAGAAACGGGACCCUAUAGGUAGAGGAUUAAGAGAGCCAACAUAAAAUGCGGGCCCUCUUGUUAUGUACUACAAAUAUUAGACGUACUAAACUCCGUUUAAAUUUCACAGAUAGGUAUUUGAAUGACGGGUCGAUACUUCAUAUCAAAUUUUAUAUUAAAGGGAUAAAUUGAAAAAAAUACGUGUCCGGCACUUUAAAAUUUGUAGUAUCGCUCGCAGACGUAUAUGCUUGCAAAAAAAAUGGUACUUAAUAUCAAACACACAAAUUUAAUAACGGCGCCAGUCCAAAAUUUUGCGUAAACCAGUGGUUCUUAACCGGUAGUCCGCGAUAUCCGCGGACUACCGGUAAUCUCCGGAAGCACCUGAAGUGGUCCGCAAAUGUAUAAACAGAGCAACCAUUAGCCGACUGAAUUCGGUACUACUAGGUUUUUUUGGGACUUUGUCGAGGCUCUUACAAACAAGAGGUUAAGGAAAGGUGUCAUCUCUGUAUCUUUGAAUUGUAAACGGAGUUUAGGUAUUGGGAAUUUACUAGAACGGCACGGUAACUAUGUGUAAUAUAAAACUUAUAAAAUGCCGAUGCCUGCAUCUGCUCAAGUGUUAAAUGUUGUUUAUGAUAUAAGUGUAUGUAGUUAUUAAUAGAUAGUGUUGUUAGUAUUUACUAAAUGGGCAUUUUCAUGGGUUGUGACACGAAUAUGUGAAGCCAAUUAUACAUUUUAGUACACCGUGUCACUAGAGUUAUGUCACUAUGUCAGCUACAUUUUACAGAUGUCAAACUCGUUUUUUUUUUGUAAUAAAAGGAGACAAGCAACUUACUUUACAUAGACUAAUAAUACAGGACUUGGGCGUAAUUAUAGUACAAUGUUAGUGGAAGUGCUAAGGUCAUGUCCACUGUCGUAGUACCUACUUGUUACUUCGCAACAAUACACGAUGAAAUUACCUAAACUCUUUUUAGACGGAUUGAUUGAUGCCAUUAGUAUUUUGUUGCAGCUACUAUAUAGACGUUUUAUCAAACACGAAAUAUUUAUGUACUCAACAAAUAUUAUUUGGUACUAUCAAUUGCGCGUGUAGGACGCACGUUGCGUGUGACAUGGUAAGGUGAUAACGUGGGCCAUUAAAUAGGUUUCAUUGAAUACAGAUCUUAACUUCUUGUCUGUCGGGGUGUUAACCUAAUGUUAGAUAGAAUGGAGAAGUACCUUAUGCUUGGAUAAUGACCCAAAGCGCAUUUGAUAACGAUCCAUCAGGAAGUAUUUGCUCAGUAAAAUUGUAACAUCUUUAGUCAAAUAUCACUAGUUAACCAUCUAUGUUUUUUUAAAUGAUUUGUACGUAACUGCAGUCAUGGCUUUAACAAUUAUCUUGUAAACAAAAACGAAAUGAGCUUUGAAGUCGCUGAGACUAUUUUGGAGUUUGCUUACUCCAUAUGUUAUUCUUUGCGAUAACUGUUUUAUACUGGAUACAUUUGAUAUAUCAACCCUAUAAAAGUCGUCAAGCAACGCAAAUGCAUAUUCGAGUGUUAAUCGUAUUUCAAUGUGAUGUGGAUAGACGUAAUUCCUCACUACCUUAAACCUCAUUGUAUCCGUUGUAGUUAACCGACAAAUUGACCAACUCCUACGUGUCCUAGAGAAGAGAAUAGUGUCUCAAAGUUGUUGUGGCAAAUAAUUGUACAUAUAUUGACAUAUUUAAUGUAAUAAAAUAAAAUUGAUAUGAUUGAA